AUGCCGCCCCUCUGGUUUCUCCGCGAAUUCGAAGCCCGUGACCAGCGUCGUCGCUCCAAAACCCCUUCCCUACCCAAAGUACCGAAACGCCCCCAAAGCUCACACACUUCGGCAAGCUCAAGACCUGCUACUGCAAGUACCAGACCAACAACGUCCAGCACAUCUGAUAAUCUGAAUCAUACGGCCGCAUCGGAACAAGUCAACAACACCGAUGAUGGCAAGAGUCGGGGUUGUGAUCGCGAUCGCACGUUCAGUGGAUUCAUCGAUCGUGAGCGGAUAGCUCAGGAUGCCGUUGAUGGGAAGAGAGGGUUGAAGGGGGUGUUUGAGAGGUGGUUUGGGAAGAUAAAGAGGGAUUGA